GCCGAUUGGAUAAGAUUCCCGGGUUUAAUACAUCAAACCUGGCGGGUUUAAGGCAUUUGCUGUCUUAUAUUACUUGUUCAAACGUCAUUUAGAUUUAAAAUCCACCAUCUUUAUAUUAUUUUGCUAUAUAACAUCAAUCAAUAUGCACGUGAUUAAGAGAGAUGGACGCCAGGAGCGUGUUAUGUUUGAUAAGAUCACUUCUCGAAUUCAGAAGCUCUGCUAUGGACUCAACGCUGAUUUUGUUGAUCCGACUCAGAUUACCAUGAAGGUGAUCCAGGGUCUGUACAGCGGAGUGACCACCGUUGAGCUGGACACACUGGCUGCAGAGACGGCAGCAACACUCACCACCAAACACCCAGACUAUGCCAUCCUGGCAGCCCGCAUCGCAGUGUCCAAUCUGCACAAGGAGACCAAGAAGGUCUUCAGUGAUGUUAUGGAGGACCUCUACAACUUUGUUAACCCCCUGAAUGGAAGACACUCGCCUAUGAUUUCCAAGGAGACACUCGACAUAAUUAUGGAACAUAAGGAUCGCCUCAAUUCAGCCAUCAUCUAUGACCGGGAUUUCUCCUACAACUUCUUUGGCUUUAAGACCCUGGAGCGCUCGUAUCUGCUUAAGAUCAAUGGAAAAGUUGCAGAGCGGCCUCAGCACAUGCUGAUGAGAGUUUCAGUCGGCAUCCAUAAGGAAGACAUCGCUGCUGCCAUUGAGACCUACAACCUUCUGUCUGAGAAGUGGUUUACUCACGCUUCCCCUACACUGUUCAACGCAGGCACCAACCGGCCUCAGCUUUCCAGUUGUUUCCUACUGUCUAUGAAAGAUGACAGCAUCGAGGGAAUCUACGACACUCUGAAGCAAUGUGCGCUUAUCUCCAAAUCCGCUGGGGGCAUCGGGGUGGCUGUGAGCUGCAUUAGAGCCACAGGCAGCUACAUCGCAGGAACAAAUGGCAAUUCUAAUGGUUUGGUCCCUAUGUUGCGAGUGUACAACAACACAGCUCGAUAUGUUGACCAGGGAGGAAACAAGAGACCUGGAGCUUUUGCCAUGUACCUGGAACCCUGGCACUUUGACAUUUUUGACUUCCUGGAGCUGAAGAAGAACACUGGUAAAGAAGAGCAAAGAGCCAGGGACCUGUUCUAUGCACUCUGGAUCCCUGAUCUCUUCAUGAAGAGAGUAGAGACCAAUGGGGACUGGUCCCUUAUGUGCCCGAAUGACUGUCCGGGUCUGAAUGAAUGCUGGGGAGAAGAGUUUGAAAAGCUUUACACAAGUUAUGAGGAAGAGGGGAAAGCAAAGCGUGUGGUGAAGGCUCAGCAGCUGUGGUACGCCAUCAUCGAGUCUCAGACGGAGACGGGCACUCCCUACAUGCUGUAUAAGGACGCCUGUAAUCGCAAGAGCAACCAGCAGAACCUGGGUACUAUUAAAUGCAGUAACCUGUGCACAGAGAUUGUGGAAUACACCAGCAAGGAUGAGGUGGCUGUGUGCAAUCUUGCAUCUCUUGCUCUGAACAUGUACGUAACACCUGAGAGAACAUUCGAUUUCCAGAAGUUGGCGUCUGUCACAAAGGUCAUUGUUAGGAACUUGAACAAAAUCAUUGACAUCAAUUACUAUCCAGUGCCAGAGGCAGAGAAAUCAAACAAACGCCACAGGCCCAUUGGUAUCGGAGUGCAGGGGCUGGCCGAUGCCUUUAUACUGAUGCGUUUCCCUUUUGAGAGUACAGAAGCUCAGCUGCUCAACAUCCAAAUCUUUGAAACGAUCUACUAUGCAGCACUGGAGUCUAGCUGUGAGCUGGCAGAAGAACAUGGCCCGUAUGAGACCUACGCUGGCUGUCCUGUUAGCAAGGGUAUCCUGCAGUAUGACAUGUGGAACAAGACACCAACAGACUUGUGGGACUGGAAGGCCCUGAAGGAGAAGAUUGCAAAGCAUGGGAUACGCAACAGUCUGCUCUUGGCUCCCAUGCCCACUGCUUCCACUGCACAGAUUCUGGGCAACAAUGAGUCCAUUGAGCCCUACACCAGCAACAUCUACACACGCCGCGUGCUGUCUGGAGAGUUUCAGAUUGUGAACCCUCACUUGAUGAAAGAUCUCACAGAGCGAGGACUAUGGGACGAGGACAUGAAGAACCAACUGAUUGCUCAUAACGGAUCCAUCCAGGAAAUCUCCACAAUUCCAGAUGACUUAAAGGAGUUGUAUAAGACAGUAUGGGAGAUUUCACAAAAAGUGGUCAUUAAGAUGGCUGCAGACAGAGGAGCUUUCAUUGACCAGAGCCAGUCACUUAAUAUCCACAUUGCUGAGCCCAACUAUGGAAAACUCACCAGUAUGCACUUCUAUGGCUGGAAGCAGGGACUAAAGACUGGCAUGUACUACCUCAGGACAAAACCAGCUGCCAACCCUAUCCAGUUUACCCUGAACAAGGAGAAACUGAAGGUAGUGCAGGAAACCAAAAACAGUGAGGAGGAGAUUAAGGAGAGGAACAAAGCUGCUAUGGUGUGCUCUCUGGAGAAUAGGGAUGAGUGUCUGAUGUGUGGCUCUUAGACACUUUCUUCUUUUCCUCAUUGUGUCUUCCUCCGUUCUUGGUCAGGUGUUUAAUAACUGAUGAACUGAAGAAGGUUUAACUUUGCUAUAAGUCUAUCUGGUUUCUUAUAAAUAUGAUAUUGUCUGGGAUACAAAGCAUAUGUACAGUUAUUUCACUUGGCUACAUGGUGUAACAGUAUUGUAUAGAUUUUUUAUCUUGGUAUGACCAACAUAAUUCAUGUAUCAAGGUACAAAGAGCAAAAAGUAGCCAGGUGAUACAUUUUGCAUAAAGGUCUUCGAACACUUUCUAGUAUUUUUAAUACAUCUGUAUUAAAAAAAAUAUAUAUCUUUUUUUAUGUGAUAAAACAAUUUAGAAUAAAAUGAGUGAAUAUUGA